UCCUCUUGUGACGCAUCUUCUAUUUAAUCACAGUUUGUGGAGGCUUGCUUGGUUCGAGGCUGACACGAUGGGGGACAAGCUGAGCCCGAAGGAGAAAUGCCACCUGAUCACCCGGAACCUGCAGGAGGUUCUCGGUGAGGAUAAGCUGAUGGCCAUCCUGAAGGAGCGAGAUCUGAAGGUGUACUGGGGGACGGCCACAACAGGCAAGCCUCACGUCGCCUACUUCGUCCCUAUGUCCAAGAUUGCAGACUUCCUGAAGGCCGGAUGCGAGGUGACGAUCCUGUUUGCUGACCUCCAUGCCUAUCUGGACAACAUGAAGGCUCCGUGGGAGCUGCUGGAGCUGCGCACCCAAUACUAUGAGAACGUGAUCAAGGCCAUGCUGGAGAGCAUCGGCGUGCCUCUCGACAAGCUGAGAUUCAUCCGCGGCACCGAUUUUCAGCUCAGCAGGGAAUACACGUUGGACGUCUACAGGCUCUCCUCCCUGGUCACCCAGCACGAUGCCAAGAAAGCUGGAGCAGAGGUGGUGAAGCAAGUGGAGUAUCCCUUGCUGAGCGGUCUGCUCUACCCAGGACUGCAGGCCCUGGACGAGGAGUACUUGAAGGUUGAUGCUCAGUUUGGAGGAGUGGAUCAGAGGAAGAUUUUCACCUUUGCGGAAAAGUACCUGCCCUCCUUGGGCUACACCAAGCGCCUCCAUCUGAUGAACCCAAUGGUCCCAGGGCUGACUGGCAGCAAGAUGAGCUCUUCAGAAGAGGAAUCCAAGAUCGACCUUCUGGACCGGAAGGAGGAUGUGAAGAAGAAGCUGAAGAAGGCGUUUUGUGAGCCGGGGAACGUGGAGAACAACGGCGUCCUGUCCUUCAUCAAACACGUCCUCUUCCCGCUCAAGUCAGAGUUUGUGAUACUGAGAGACGCAAAAUGGGGAGGAAACAAAACCUACACGGCUUACGACGAGCUGGAAAAGGACUUUGCUGCUGAGGUCGUGCACCCGGGGGACCUGAAGAGCUCCGUGGAAAUGGCCCUGAACAAGCUGCUGGACCCCAUCAGAGAGAAGUUCCAUACUCCAGAACUGAAGAAACUGACCAGCGCAGCGUAUCCUGACCCUUCCAAAGCCAAGGCUUCGGUGAAGAACUCCACCAAGAAUUCAAACCCCGAGGACGUGGUGCCGUCGCAGCUGGACAUCCGCGUUGGCAAAGUGAUCAGCGUGGAAAAGGUAGCGGAGCUUUAUUGCGUGAGGUUGGGCGGGGGGGAGCCGGAGCCUCGGACGGUGGUCAGCGGCCUGGUGCAGUUCCUGCCGAGGGAUCAGCUGCAGGACAGGAUGGUAGUGCUGCUAUGUAACCUGAAAGCCCAGAAGAUGAGGGGCGUGGAGUCCCAGGGCAUGCUGCUCUGUGCUUCCAGGUGCACGUGGGUACCAGCUGGUGAAGUCAGCGGCAGAGCAAUGGGGCAGCAGGCUCUGUGUGCAGCCACCAGUUCGAGUGACCGAUGGUGCCGCCAGGGAGGUGGAGAGUCCCCUGCACCCUUCCUGGAAGUAGCACGGCGCAGUCCCGGCCCCGGGGACAUGGGGGCUGAGGGCCCUGAACAAGGAUUCCCUGCCCCAAGGCCACAUGGCGCCGGUACGACGAGGGAACAGGCACUGGCCAGCUGGUCUGACACGUCACCCCCUGCCUCUCCCCAGGCUGACUUCCGCAUCUCCGAGGACGGCGUCGCCCAGUGGAAGCAGAAGAGUUUCAUGACCAAGCUGGGGAACGUCUCGUGUAAAACACUGAAGGGCGGGAGCAUCAGUUAACGGGCCCGCCCGCGCCCUGCUCCUCUCCCCGCCUGUAGCCAUUCACUGCUGCGUUUUGGGUUCUCUCCCCCACCUCCGCCACGGCUGACUGCGGUAGACGGUGCACACCUCGCCUCCGGAAACAGCCUGUGUCCCCGAGAGCCGCCGCUGGCCUGUUCCCACCUAGCGGGUCUCUGGAAAAGGCCCAGCCUAAUCCAGCGGGACACGGAGCCCUCAACAGGAGCCAGGGCUGCAGCCUGUUGUCGUGCUCUGUGCUAUUUCCUCCUGCUUUGGCGGGGCGGAGGCCAGUGGCUUUGAACGUUGCUCCGGAGCCGGCUGCAAGCCUGAGGAAAGCUCGUUACUUUUCGGUGCAGCCAGUUGGCGAGAGGCGCGUUGGGCAAAGCUGGGUGGUGCGUACCGGGGAAGAGGGACUGCAUGGCAUCCUGCCGUAACCCGGCCUCUGCCUCCUGCCGGCUCUGCGCAGGGCUCUCCAGGGCCAGGCAGCUGGAGCUGUGGGUGGCGUCUGCCCCCUUCCAUGUUGGGUCUGAAAUCAUCUGUCAUUGUUAAAUCCCCAAUAAAGUGUCAAACUUAC